AUGGCCCUGAAAAAACAUGACUACUCGUGUGUCGUCGGCUCUCCACCAUGUGAUGAUUCUGUCCAAAAGUGGGAAAUAGCACCUUCUGGAGCAGGAUAUACUAUCCGAAAUAUGCAAACAGGGACUCACCUUUCUGUGAAAGGAAUCAGUCGCGGUACUGCCAUCUUUGCGGGGCAUUUUCCCACAGCGUGGCAAAUUAUCGACGUGAAAGUGGAUGACGAAAACUCUGAAUUGGUUGAAAUACGCUGGCCGCAUACAGAAUACAUGUUUGAUUUGGCUGACUGGGGAAGCUCUACUCCUGGAACAAAGGUGCAGCUCAUGGACAUUAAACUAAAUGCUGUACAGCAUCGUUGUAGAUUGUGGAAGCCCAUUUUCAUGCAACACACCCUUUACUCUGGUUUGUCGGAGCGUAUGGACGAUGACACAUCAAGCACUUCUACUAUAAACGCUGCUGAUGUGCCAGAGGGAGGGGAGCUCGUCUUGGUCACGACCACCACCACAAAAACAGUGGUAACAAAAGUUCCGAAAUACUGA